GCCCAGAUUGGAAUGUAGGGGUGGAGCCAGCUCUGUGCGCAAGCGCGCUGAGGGCGCGUUCCGUCAAGAUGGCGCUCGUGGAGCACGUUGUGGCGGAUGCCGGGGCUUUCCUGCGAGACGCGGCUCUGCAGGACAUCGGGAAGAACAUCUAUACAAUCCGGGAUGUGGUGAACGAGAUUCGGGAUAAGGCCACGCGCAGGAGGCUCGCCGUCCUGCCCUACGAGCUGCGUUUCAAGGAGCCCUUCCCGGAGUACGUGCGGCUGGUGACUGAGUUUUCAAAGAAAACUGGCGACUAUCCCAGCCUCUCUGCCACAGAUAUUCAAGUGCUGGCACUCACCUAUCAGUUAGAAGCAGAGUUUGUUGGGGUGUCUCACCUAAAACAAGAACCAGAAAAGGUUAAAGUGAGCUUAUCAAGUCAGCACCCAGAAACUCCUCUCCACAUUUCUGGUUUCCAUCUCCCCUCAAAGCCUCAGUCUAAACCCCCACAAGAAAUAGUACAACAUGGACAGCCAGCUGGUGAGCCUGAGAACUUAGAAUUCACUUCCUUCGUGUUCUGGAGAAACCCUUUGCCUAAUAUUGAUCAUGAACUGCAUGAGCUGCUGAAGGACAGAGAUGAUGAUGUUCCAAGUGAGGAGGAUGAAGAAGGAGAGAACGGAUUUGAACAAAGGAAAGACAAGGAUAGCGAUGAUGACGCGGGCGGUUGGAUAACUCCCAGCAACAUCAAGCAGAUACAGCGGGAGUCAGAGCAGUGCACUGUCCCAAAGGAUGUGCGCGUUGGCUGUGUGACUACAGACUUUGCCAUGCAGAAUGUCCUGCUUCAGAUGGGGCUGCAUGUUCUGGCCGUGAACGGCAUGCUGGUCCGAGAGGCCCGGAGCUACAUCCUGCGCUGCCACGGCUGUUUCAGAACCACAUCUGACAUGAGCCGAGUAUUCUGUUCGCAUUGUGGAAACAAGACUCUGAAGAAAGUGUCCGUGACCGUUAGCGACGAUGGAAGCCUGCACAUGCACUUCUCACGCAACCCGAAGGUGCUGAACCCUCGGGGCCUCCGGUAUUCGCUUCCCACUCCCAAAGGGGGCAAAUACGCCAUCAACCCCCAUCUGACUGAGGACCAGCGCUUCCCUCAGCUGAGACUGUCCCGAAAGGCCAGGCAGAAAACGGACGUGUUUGCCCCUGACUACAUAGCUGGGGUAUCUCCCUUUGCGGAGAAUGACAUCUCCAGCCGGUCGGCUACGCUGCAGAUCCGAGACAACACCUUGGGAGCAGGGAGGAGGCGGUUAAAUCCCAAUGCUUCCAGAAAGAAGUUUGUGAAGAAGAGGUGAAGUACAAGCUCCACGGGCCGGUGGGAUUGCCACCGCGGCUGCCGAGGUGCGCGGGUGCCUCGCUGCCCCGGUUCUCAGGUCCAGAUCCCUCUGGGUCCAGGCAGUAGGCCUGGCUUACGCAGCGCUGCUUCCUGACUGCCUGGGAUGGGUCGGGUUCGUGGUGGAACUGGGCCAUCCCUUGGCCUGGGAGCAUCCAGAGAGCUGGGAUUCCUGGCAUGUUGAGCAGAGUUUGAUGAAAACAGAAGGAAUGGCCCCAUGGAGCACAUCCUCAGCAUUCAAAGAAAGGAACUUCCAGCUCGUAGUAUUUUUCUAAUAAAUGUGGUUGUGAGC